AUGAUGCGCCGCUCAGACUCCGUGUCCAGCAUCAGCUCCAUGGGCUCGGAUGCCGAGGAGACGAUGCACAUCUUCGUCAAAAACGUGUCCGGCGACUCCACAAUCGCUCUCUCGAUACCCGCCAACACGUCCAUCUCCACAUUGCGCUCGCUGCUCGCCCUGCGCACCAACCUCCCCGAGCCCGCCGACCUGCGUCUCGUACACGCAGGCAAGCACCUGUCCUCACCCACCACCACGCUCGCCGACUAUGCCAUCGCGCCCAACGCAACCCUGCACAUGGCCCUGCCUCUGCGCGGCGGCAUGCCCCCGAAGAAGAUCCGCUGCAGCCACAAGGACUGCAAGGAUGCGGCGCAGCGCAUCGUCGGCGACUGCGGCUUCUGCAACGGGCAUUUCUGCGGCAAGCACAGGCUGUUGGAGGACCACAAGUGCGAGGGCUUGGAGGACUGCAAGAAGGAGAGCCACGAGCGGAAUGCGAUUAAGCUGAACAGCGAGCGCACCAUGGCUAUCAAGGGCAUCUGA